CGGGAUCGGGCUGCGAGCCGCCGCGGCCGCCCCGGUUGCCUCCCUUAGCCACGCGCGCUCCCGACUCGGCUCCUCAGGAGGGAGCGGCCAGUGGGCCCGCAUCCUGUCAGCGAGGUUCGAGGCCGGGCUGCUGCGGCCGCCUCCUCCUGGUACCUGGGCCGCCCGGAGGAGCCGGGGCCGGAGCACCGUGGGCUGACUGACCCGGGGAGCUGACACCGCUGGACACGAAGGCGGAGGCGCACGUCUGGCAGUCGCCUGGAGCCGAGAGGAGGCCGAGGGGACCAUGUCCGGGAGGAACCUCCACCUCUCCACCACCGAACGCGUCAUCAAAGCUGUUCCCUUUCCUCCAACCCAACGGCUUACUUUGAAGGAAGUAUUUGAGAAUGGGAAACCUAAAAUUGAUGUUUUGAAAAACCAUUUGGUGAAGGAAGGGCGACUGGAAGAGGAAGUAGCCUUAAAGAUAAUCAAUGAUGGGGCUGCCAUCCUGAGACAAGAGAAGACCAUGAUAGAAGUAGAUGCUCCAAUCACAGUGUGUGGUGACAUUCAUGGACAAUUCUUUGACUUGAUGAAGUUGUUUGAAGUUGGAGGAUCACCUAGUAACACACGCUACCUCUUUCUGGGUGACUAUGUGGACAGAGGCUAUUUCAGUAUAGAGUGUGUGCUGUUUUUAUGGAGUUUAAAGAUUAAUCAUCCCAAAACAGUGUUUCUGCUUCGAGGAAAUCAUGAAUGCAGACAUCUUACAGAAUAUUUCACCUUCAAACAGGAGUGUCGAAUCAAAUAUUCUGAACAGGUGUAUGAUGCGUGUAUGGAGACAUUUGACUGUCUUCCUCUUGCUGCCCUCUUAAACCAGCAGUUUCUGUGUGUACAUGGAGGGAUGUCACCUGAAAUUACUAGUUUAGAUGACAUUAAGAAAUUAGACAGGUUUAAAGAACCUCCAGCCUUUGGGCCAGUGUGUGACCUGCUUUGGUCUGAUCCUUCAGAGGAUUAUGGUAAUGAAAAGACCUUGGAGCACUAUACCCACAACACUGUCCGAGGGUGCUCUUAUUUUUACAGUUACCCUGCAGUUUGUGAAUUUUUGCAGAACAAUAAUUUGUUAUCAAUAAUCAGAGCCCACGAAGCCCAGGAUGCUGGGUAUCGAAUGUACAGGAAGAGCCAAACAACAGGCUUUCCAUCACUUAUUACAAUUUUCUCUGCCCCCAAUUACCUAGAUGUCUAUAAUAAUAAAGCUGCUGUGCUAAAAUAUGAAAACAAUGUCAUGAAUAUCAGGCAGUUUAACUGUUCUCCACACCCCUACUGGCUUCCAAACUUUAUGGACGUUUUCACAUGGUCUUUGCCAUUUGUUGGGGAAAAAGUCACAGAGAUGCUGGUUAACAUUCUCAACAUAUGCUCUGAUGAUGAAUUGAUUUCUGAUGAUGAAAUUGAAGAUCACUACAUUUCAAGCUAUCGGAAAGGAGGCACUACAGUUCGAAAGGAGAUCAUCAAGAAUAAAAUCAGAGCCAUUGGGAAGAUGGCACGGGUCUUUUCAAUUCUGCGGGAAGAGAGUGAGAGUGUGCUGACUCUCAAGGGCCUGACUCCAACAGGGACACUCCCUCUAGGUGUCCUCUCAGGAGGAAAGCAGACUAUUGAGACAGCCACAGUAGAAGCGGUAGAGGCCCGGGAAGCCAUCAGAGGGUUUUCGCUUCAGCACAGGAUCCGGAGUUUUGAAGAAGCCCGAGGUCUGGACCGAAUUAACGAACGGAUGCCACCCCGAAAAGACAGCCAGUACCCCGAUGGGCCAGUGAAAUUUGUGGCCCCUGCACAACCCAACACUGCGCACAGGAGCGACAGGGGGAGAAGAGCCAGUAAUGAUGCAGAGCCCUGCUGUGGCACAGGUGGAUCCAAAACUUAAGAACAAAUUUUAUUUAUUUAUUAUUGGAAAACAAAACAAAAACAACUUUAACAACUUAAACCUGGAGGUGCAUUCAUAAUUCAGUCUGCAUUUAUGCUGUAAGAAAGGUGACCAUUUUAUAAAUUGUUUUUAAUUUAUGUUUAAUAUAUAUAAAAAGUGCAUCUGUUUUGUUUUUCCCUUUUUUUUUUCCUAAUUUUUAGGAACUGAUCUGAUUGUCUGAUACAUAUGUGAAGUCUUGUGCUACAAAGGGGACCUUCCCCUAAUAAAAGGGCCUUGGAAACCUCCACCCUGGGUUUCUGACUUGAACUAGCCAGCCGAGUUUUCUCCUUUCUUUUGGAAGGUGAUAUCUUUCGUUUCAGACUAAUAAUAGUUUUUCAAACAUAAGAGGGUAGUUUUCUUUUCUCUUUCUACAGGGUGCCAUUGAAGAAGAUUGCUCAGAUUUCAGUGGCUAAAACUUCUCUUCUUAUGGAAAACUUGAUUAGAGUAGAACUUCUAAGUGAAUAACCCAAACCCAGUGAUUUGAGGGCCAAGAGAAUGUUUUCCAUAUAACCUACUUUCUUCUGGACUCUCAGUUCUUUUUAAUAUGUUCUAGUAAGACAAAAUAAAAAGCAGUGAGGGAUUUUCUGAGAAUUACUCAAAAUUUCUUCUUCCAACCAUGGGCGUGAUUGGUUUAAACUUCCCUUAGAACUUCGGAGAUUUCUUAACUCUUCCCAGAUCCUUUUGCUUUCAUUUUUUUUUUCUAAAGAUUUUAUAUAUUUAUUUGAGAGAGAGAGAAUGAGAGACAGAGCACAAGAGGGAAGAGGGUCAGAGGGAGAAGCAGACUCCCCGCUGAGCCGGGAGCCCGAUGUGGGACUCGAUCCUGGGACUCCAGGAUCAUGACCUGAGCCGAAGGCAGUGGCUUAACCAACUGAGCCACCCAGGCGCCCUUGCUUUCAUUUUUGAAGUCCAGGUGAUUUACCCAACUGCAAAAGAAGCUGCAUUUCUAAAUAUUUUAUAAAUGCCCUCUGUAGAACUUUUGAUAGUAAGGGGUAUUUAUGUCCUGUGAGAUUGCAUCAGCUGUUGUGUCUGUUCUCCCCAUUGUCCUUCUGUUUCUCUGUGUCAGUGUUUUAAAAAACAACUGGGGUGACGGAAACUGACUCGGGUGGAAUGAUCCCCUUAUGAAUUGGAAGUCUUGCUAAAGGGCAUUGGAUGAUGAGGACUUACUUUUUCUGUAUCAAUUACUGGGGUGUUUUCUCCAUCUUUAAAUACUCAUUAGGUUGAACUGUAUGUCAGUCUCUGUCAGCAUAUUUUGGAAUACAAAAACAAGUGUUCAGAUACAGUGUUUGAAUAGUCUUCUCUUAGUUUUUCAAGUAACAACCAGUGAGGAAAAGAAAUUUCAGUGAUCCUUGGGCUCCCGUUUUUGGUUUAGUCUGGUGACAGGUGCCAUGUCAUAAUACUCAUUGGUCAACUUUGCAGCAUGUGUGGGCAAUACUACACCAAAGUGCUUAUUUGCAGAAUUCUUAAUAUCAUUUGGGAUGUAGGAGUCCAGCAUUGAAGCAGGUAUCUCUGACAGUAGUGCUUUAUGUUGUAAGCUUUAAGGACACCAAAAACCUUUUUCAAAGAAAUGGAAAAAAAAAAAAAGACCCCACAUAAUUUCACUAGAAGAAUGAGGAUUUAGCCCAUCUAUUUCUGUUUUCCUAUACCUUUUGCUAACAGUUCCCAAUUUAUGACAGAGAUCAAAGCAUUUUGGGGCUUGGAAUCUGGUGGCAUGGAUUGCUCUAUCAAUAAAAAAUGAUAGGAAGGAUAUGGGGGAAGGAGAUAAAAGACCUCUUACUGGGUUAUGAAUAAAACCUAUGAAAGGAGGGAAACAAAGUCUUGAGUAGUUAUCUUUACCGAUCAUCAUUUUUUUAUACUCAGAAAAGAAGGAAUUCUUCAUCUGGAUAGCCUCACACUCCUCCCUCCCCAGUCCUACUCUAGAAAGGACCACUGUUUUGGAAAUCUCACCUAAUAUGAAGGUCAGUCCACAUGACAAAUCUGAUGGAUGGGAGUCUCCAUCUCUUUCUCCUUUUCCCCUAGCUGGGGCUGUUGUACAUACAUAAUCCACAGGUAGAAACCACUCUUAAGGGCUUCGAUCAUCAGGCACGUAGUGGGGCGCCUGGGUGGCUCAGUCGUUAAGCGUUUGCCUUCGGCUCAGGUCGUGAUCCCAGGGUCCUGGGAUCGAGUCCCACAUCCGGCUCCCUCCUUGGCGGGAAGCCUGCUGUCCCUCUCCCACUCCCCCUGCUCGUGUUCCUGCUCUCGCUAUCUCUGUCUCUGUCAAAUAAAUAAAUAAAAUCUUAAAAAAAAAAAAAAAAUCAGGCACGUAGUGAAAUGGCUAUUGAAAAUCCUUACAAGCAAAAAAUACUGUUCUAGUAAAAAGGAUUAUUAUUUAGGAAUGUCUUCAUUAUCUUCUCAAAAACAAAUUGUAUAGAAAAGCAAGUUACUGGGGUACCUGGGUGGCUCAGUUGUUAAGCAUCUGCCUUCGGCUCAGGUCAUGAUCCCAGGGUCCUGGGAGGGAGCCCCGUGUCAGGCUCCUGGCUCAGCGGGGAGCCUGCUUCUCGCUCUCCCUCUGCGUCUCCCCCUGCUCAUGUGCUGUCUCUCUCUGUAUCUCUGUGUCUCAAAUGAAUAAAUAAAAAAUCUUAAAAAAAAAUUAAAAAAAAAGAGAGAAAAGCAAGUUUCCUUGACAGAGGCAUGGGAAAAGACCUAUAAAUACAGAGAACACACUGAGGGUUGCCAGAGUGGAGGGGGGAUGGGCAGAAUGGGUGAAGGCGAGAGGGAGACCCAGGCCUCCAGUUAUAAAUGAAUAAGUCAUGGAAUAAAAGGCAUAGCGUAAGAAAUACAGUCAGUGAAACCAUAAUAGGGAUGUAAGGGGACAGAUUGGUAGCUACACUUGUGAUAAACAUAGCAUGAUAUAUAAACUUGUCAAAUCACUAAGUUGUACAUCUGAAGUGUAACAUGUAUCCACUAUACGCCAAAAAAAAAAAAAAAAAAAGGAUGUAUUUUACAGGUAACCUGUGAGCUGUGGAGGGAUCAGCCAGAGAGGUAAGAAGUCAUGAUUCAAGAAAAUCGGAGUGAGUUUACAAUAAAGCAACAAGGAAGUUAGGUUUGAAAAUUCAAAUUCUGUUGAACUCUAAAGGUAGAGGUAUUUCUUAUGUUCUAUAGAAAGUUGGGGUGUGUGCUUCAACAAUUUAGAAAGUUGUGUAUAAAUGUGUCUCCAUGUGAUACAGCUAGCUUCUGAAAGUGAGACUGCCAAUCUAUACUUUCAUCUGUAUUUGCACCUAUGAGUCAAGACGGUUUAGAAGGCAUGAGCCUUGGGGAUAUAUAUAUAUAUAUAUACACACACACACACAUACAUAUUAUGAUAACAGUACUUGUUCUUCACUUUAGACUUCAUUGGAGAGUUUUUAACAUAUUUUCGAAUGUUUUAAUCUAAACAGUAGCUCCCAGGAUGGCUGGUUGCCUGUUCCGGGUUUGCCGAAGGCCGUCAUUUCAAACAUUUUAACUGCUGUCAGAGCUCUGCAGUACCCCAUUUUCAAAGCCUCUUCUGUUUUAUUAAAUCUUCCCCCCACGUGUCUUAAAGAUACUAAAAACGCUUUUCUCUUGUUCUCCUUCACUUUAAGGUCCAUAGGGACAUUAUUUUCAUCAACUCCUCUCAUCUGGGGGGGAGAAAAACACUUCUUAUAUCAGUUCCCUAGACAUGUUGGAGGACCCUUUUGUAUACUUUACUUUUACAUUUAAAUACUUUUACAUACAUUUAAAAAAUGACACUACCCAAGGACCAGUUUUUCUAAUUUUGUUUUACAUCUACGUCAUAUGAAAUUUCAAAUUGAUCAGAUGACUGUUUUUUUAAAUAAAAAUUUGAAAACUCAUCUAACACAAGCUUAAAACAUACAUCCUUUUUAAAUCUCUGUGUUCUGAAUAUUUAGAGCAAAAACAACCCAAGAAACCAAGGGUGUGUGUGUGUGUGUGUGUGUGUGUGUGUGUGUGUGUGUGUGUGUGUGUUUAAUGGAAUGCUAAAACAAAAGCAGCCUCAGUUUUCUUUAAAACCUUAAGGCAAACGCUUGGUUAUGGGACAGACAUUGCUGAUUCGCUGGCCUUGUGUGACUGGAUACUGACUGGCAAAGUGAAACUUACGUAUCAUACUCUAAUGGGCUUGAUCUGGCUCCUUGCCUAGGGAUAGGAGAAUCAGGCUCUCCAGGAAUAUCAGUAUUUCUCAUAUCCUUCUAUCUAUAUUUACAUUGCCUCUUCUGUUCCUACACAAACAUUUGUGGUUCAGUGAAGCAAGUUCCUGUCGAUAGCAGAGAUUUGAUUUCUUAUCCUAAUAACUUAGGUAUGGCUUUCUGACACUGUUCAAAAUAGGAAAAGAAAAAUCCUUUUAUUUGUUUUGCCAACAGAAUAUUAUCAUUUAUGUCAUUAAGGAGCAAGCGUGAGAAUUCUAAAAUUAGGGAACUUUGGGGUCUUUCAGCCUUUACCCCAUAGAUCCUCUUCUAAGUAAUUUUAAAACACAAAGUUUGAGGCAGCUGCUCUUCAUAAGAAAAAUAUUAUAAACCAUGCUCAUGUGACAUGCAGCUGGGCUUAGAUGGUCAAGGGUGUCCAGCUUCUAAGAAGGAGUAAGGCUAAAAUCACUUCCCUCCACCCUCCUUUGUUUGGUAUAAAUAUUGUAGCUGAUGUCCAGAAUUUUUGACUGUACUCUAUCUUAUAAAUAUAAAACUCAAGCUCUUGAGAAUUAAAUGUUUAAGUAAAACAGUUUAGGUUUAAGAAGAGCUUGCCUCAGAUUGACUAUAGUUUUUCUUUGUAUUAUCAGAUUUUUUCUCCAGUUUUUAUAUUGAAAAUUAUUUCUGAACCCAUAAAGACUUGUUAAGACAUCAUUCUAGAAUCCCCAAUAUUUAUUAUAGUUGUUACAGUAACAGUGGAACCCAAGUUUUUUUCAGAGCAUUAUUCAGCUUUUCAUAUCUAGGCAGAAACAAUUUCAGAGGGAAGGUAAACCCAAAACCCCAGUUAUGGGAAUGAGGCUCCAAGUUCCUAAAUCAUUUGUGGUUAUAAUGAUGGAUACCAUCUUGCCUGGUACCUGGUCCACAUCUUUCCUGAAGUCUACUGUAAGAGGGAGUAAAGGGCAGCCUGUGGGGCCCCAACAAGAGCCAGAGGAGGGUCUGAAUGACGUGAAGCAUAGUUCCAAAACACUGUAUUGCCACUGUCCCUCUUCAGCACUGCUGUGAUCAAACACUCAUAGGAAAGCCAGAAGAAAGAGCAGAUGUGUAUAGAGGAAGAAAAUUUUGUAGUCGGAAAAAAAGGGUUGUUACUAUUGAGUUGUCCAGAGAACUGUGUUAACAAUAGAGCUUUGUGCCUUUGCCAGAGUGUGAAAGAGGGAAACCUGUGUUACUCUGAGACUCAUGGCCUGCCCGCCUAUGUCUAACCAGCCAAAGUGAAUGGGGCCAGGCUUACUGCCUUCAUCUAUGCAGUCACAAAGGUAAAGAUGAUACUGGUGAGGAUAUUCCCUCCUGGGAGGCCUUGGCCUCAUGCCCCAGCAACCUUGGCAAGACUUGCUAAAUAACACCUUUGUCUGAGACAGGGUUAUGCAUCUUCUCCUCUUCAAUACCCUCAUGACAAGUCAAGGCUUAAGAUCAAGAAGCAAGGACAUGGAGGUGGACCAUCCCUCUGAGCAGCUCUAAAGUAGGGCCAUGCACACUGCCUUCCUGUAAGUUGUUGCCCAGAUCCCCUUCACUUCCUUGACAUAGCUAUCUCCAAGUAACAUUUUGUGGGGGGUUUUUUUGCAUGUUAAACUGAAAGUGCAUGUAAUAAGAAGGAGGCCUACCAUAUAUUUUGAUUUGUAGCAAUAAAGACAGGUUUUUUUGUUCUGUCAGAGAACCUUUUUGAAGAUGCCAUCAUCAACGCCUUACUUUUCCUUUCUCAAUGCACUGUGACCAAUAGUAUUUUUCCCAGUGGAAAUGUUAGCAGGCAUUUUCCAAGAAAGGAUCCUGGUUUUUCUUCCUAAAAGGUGGUCAGACAUAGAUUAGCUCAUGAUGUCAUUUUUUAAAAGGCUUUUCUGAAUGAUGGAUUAUUCGCUUGUGCUGAGAGAUUACUUGCUUUUUCUUGCUUUUCGUUAGGUUAAAGAAAAUGGUGGAAAUGUUAUUUAUUGGCAGAAAUUAACUAGUCUUUUUUGUGAUCAAGAAAUUAAUUUGUUAAAACUUUCUUAUUGUAAAUUGGAAGUCAUCUUAAAAAAAUACUGUUAAAAUUAAAUGAUAACUUUAUUGCCU